AUGCUACUGCUCCUCGUUUCCCCACCUGCCUUGUUUCUCCUGGCUUUCCUGGUGAAUCCCCUAAUCUCGCAGUUUCCGCCACCGGCCACCACCGCCAUCGAGAACAUUGCCAGCCUGCCCACUCAACUGGGCAAGGUGAUGCUGCAAACCUACCUCGAAGCUGACCUUUUGGGCUCCUGGAGCUGGAAUUUGGGCACGCGCAUUUUGCUGCCUCUCUGGCUCUUUACGUGGAAUGGUCUACUCGUGUCUGACUAA